AUGGCCCUUCCAAAAGAAUACACCAAAGAACAACUGAAUUAUUUCAGAAUUUGUUACGUAACGACUGAUAUCCUAACCGAAGGCCUGAGAGAAAUUUUUAAACAAGAAUGGGAUAAACAGCACAAAUCAACGAAAGGAGAAUGGAAAGACGAGCCUUGUAAUGGACUGGACUUUUAUAACGGGGAGUCUCCCAAAAACCAAAGAAGAAAUGCUCACCUUUUAGUCACAAUGCAAAACGGAAGUAGAGAAGAAUGGGAUUGUACAAUGCUUUUCUACUCCAUCCUUUUUUCUGAUAGUGUUGGGGGCAGCCUUAACGCAACAGUAAGGAAACAUGUAGAUGAUCUUAGAAAUUUCAGAAACCAAGAAUUUGCUCAUAUGGCACAAGGCAGUCUCUCUCAGACAGAUUUUCAGAGUGCCAUUAGCAAAGUUGAAGUGGCUUUUCGAGCGCUGGGUCUUCCCACUGGUGAAAUCCAAGAUAUAAAAAAUCAGAAUACGUUUGCAACAGAAGAACUGCAAAAAAUCUUGAAGAAGGUUGAUAAUCUCAAAAAGGAAGUUCAAGUCCUUGAAGAUCAACUCCAGAAGGAAACACCUUCAUUCUGUAUUCUUCCUCCUAAACCUUCCCAUGACAUCGGUGGUCGUGAUCGCGAGGUAUCCAAAACAGCCCAAGAACUAAGAGAGUUGAAGGAGUCCAACGACAACAGGUUGAGUUUCCUAUACAUCUCAGGAAAUCCUGGAAGUGGCAAAUCACAGCUAGCUGGUCUCGUAGCUAAAAGGUUCUUUGACGAAUUCAAAGAAAAACCAGAUAGUUCUUCAUUUGUAAUGACCUUAAAUGCCGCGAGUCAAGAUUCACUUCUGGAGUCAUAUGCCUCAUUUGCUCGCCAUUUGAAGUGCCCAGAGCAUUCAGUUAUGGAAACCCUCAACUCAAAGGACUUGAAUGUAGAGGAAAAGAUCACUAAUCUUAAGAUGCUUGUUGCUGUAAAAGUUAGUUGUUACACGUCGUGGCUGAUGGUGGUUGACAAUGUCACAACUAUGUCCUCUGUUUUUGUCCAUCUACCACAGUCUGGAAACGAAGCUUGGGCCAGGGGUCAGUUGCUAAUCACAACGCAAGAAACAAAGUCAGUCCCCCUAAAAAGCUCUUUUGUUUAUCACAUCUCAGUUAGCAAAGGUAUGGAGUCCGACGAUGCCUGUUCCUUACUGGCCAUGCUUUCAGGGAUCCAAGAUAGCGAUCUCGUGAGAGAAGUGGCAGAAAAACUAGACUAUCAACCUCUUGCAUUAGCAGGUGCUGCCACCUUUGUGAAAGAGAUUCGGCAGGACAAAGCAUCGAGGCAUUUUGGCUGGAGCGAAUACCUGAAGAUGUUGGAAAAAGGGAAUAGAGAAACCACAGAGAAUACAUUGGAAUAUACAAACCCAGUUUACCCAAUUUCAAUGACCAAAGCCAUAAAGCUAGCCGUCGAAACACUACUAAGGUCUAACAAACUUGUGAAACACCUUUUCACUUUACUUUCUCUCUGCGCAUCGCAACAAUUGAACGUGGAUGUAGCAAUUAGUUACAUCAAAAACGUACACAGAGAAUUUGACGAAGUGGACAAGGAACUAAUACGCAUGAAUUUAAGGCGAUGCUCACUCUUGCUUUUCCAAGAUGACCAAGGUGGGGACUUCAUUCGUGUGCACCAGGUUGUGCACGAUGCCAUCAAAAUGAUGAUAAGUACCUGUUCUGACAGUCAAACCCUUCAGGUUGUAAAUGGCGUUAUUACAACAUUCGAUAUUUUUAUAAACGCUGUUCCACCCAUGAAGAGGAGAUUGGACACCAUGCAUAUCGUUCCACAUUUAAAAGUCUUGACUAUGGAAACUGACAAAGUGUUUGUGAAAGAAAAUAUGUUUCAAAUAAAUGACAAAGACAUAGCAAAAAAAUGUGACAACCUUGCAAAUAUUUGUGAAAUGCAUUGUGAAUUUCACGUAGCAAAAACAUAUUUGCAAUAUUCACUCACCAUUAACCUUAAAACGCUUGGUCCAGAACAUGUUAAUGUUGCAACAAGCUACAAAAACUUAGCCUCAAUUUACCAACACUUAGGUGACUACGCGCAAGCCAAGGAGUAUCAGCAACGUGCUCUAGAGAUCGAACUAAAUAAGCUCGGCCCAGAACAUGUUAAUGUUGCAACAAGCUACACAAUCUUAGCUUCAGUUUACGAACACUUAGGUGACUUUGACCAAGCUAAAGAGUAUCAGCAACGUGCUCUAGAGAUCCAACUGGACAAGCUCGGCCCAGAUCAUGUGAAUGUUGCGACAAGCUACUUCAACUUAGCUUCAAUUUACAAACUCUUAGGUGACUUCGAGCAAGCCAAGGAGUAUCAGCAACGUGCUCUAGAGAUCGAUCUGGACAAGCUCGGCCCAGAACAUGUUAAUGUUGCGACAAGCUACUUCAACUUAGCUUCAAUUUACAGACACUUGGGUGACUUCGAGCAAGCAAAGGAGUAUCAGCAACGUGCUCUAGAGAUCGAUCUGGACAAGCUCGGCCCCAAACAUGUUAAUGUUGCAGCAAGCUUCAACAACUUUGCCUUAAUUUCCCAACACUUAGGUGACUUCGAGCAAGCCAAGGAGUAUCAGCAGCGUGCUCUAGAGAUCCAACUGGACAAGCUCGGCCCAGAACAUGUUAAUGUUGCAACAAGCUACAAAAACUUAGCUUCAAUUUACAGACACUUAGGUGACUUCGAGCAAGCUAAGGAGUAUCAGCAACGUGCUCUAGAGAUCAAACGUGACAAGCUCGGCCCAGAUCAUGUUAAUGUUGCAACAAGCUUCAACAACUUUGGCUUAAUAUACCAAGACUUAGGUGACUUCGAGCAAGCCAAGGAGUAUCACCAACGUGCUCUUGAGAUCCAGCUGGACAAGCUUGGCCCAGAACAUGUUAAUGUUGCAACAAGCUACUUCAACUUAGCUUCAAUUUACAGACACUUAGGUGACUUCGAGGAAGCCAAGGAGUAUCAGCAACAUGCUUUAGAGAUCCAACUGGACAGGCUCGGCCCAGAACAUGUUAAUGUUGCAACAAGCUACUUCAACUUAGCUUCAAUUUACAGACACUUAGGUGACUUCGAGGAAGCCAAGGAGUAUCAGAAACGCGCUCUAGAGAUCGAACUGGAAAAGCUCGGCCCUGAACAUGUUUAUGUUGCAACAAGCUACCAAAACUUAGCUUCAAUUUACCAAGACCUAAGUGACUUCGAGCAAGCUAGAGAGUAUCAGCAACGUGCUCUAGAGAUCCAAUUGGACAAGCUCGGCCCAGAACAUGUUAAUGUUGCAACAAGCUUCAACAACUUUGCCUUAAUUUACCAAGACCUGGGUGACUUCGAGCAAGCCAAGGAGUAUCAGCAACGUGCUCUAGAGAUCCAACUAGAGACGCUCGGCCCAGAACAUGUUAAUGUUGCAACAAGCUACAAAAACUUUGCUUCAAUUUACCAACACUUAGGUGACUUCGAGCAAGCCAAGAAGUAUCAGCAACGUGCUCUAGAGAUCCAACUGGCCAAGCUCGGCCCAGAACAUGUUAAUGUUGCAACAAGCUUCAACAAUUUUGCCUUAAUUUACCAACACUUGGGUGACUUCGAGCAAGCCAAGGAGUAUCAGCAGCGUGCUCUAGAGAUCCAACUGGACAAGCUCGGCCCAGAACAUGUCUAUGUUGCAACAAGCUACCAAAACGUAGCUUCAAUUUACCAAGACCUAAGUGACUUCGAGCAAGCUAGGGAGUAUCAGCAACGUGCUCUAGAGAUCCAAUUGGACAAGCUCGGCCUCGAACAUGUUAAUGUUGCAACAAGCUUCAACAACUUUGCCUUAAUUUACCAAGACCUGGGUGACUUCAAGCAAGCCAAGGAGUAUCAGCAACGUGCUCUAGAGAUCCAACUAGAGACGCUCGGCCCAGAACAUGUUAAUGUUGCAACAAGCUACAAAAACUUUGCUUCAAUUUACCAACACCUAGGUGACUUCGAGCAAGCCAAGAAGUAUCAGCAACGUGCUCUAGAGAUCCAACUGGCCAAGCUCGGCCCAGAACAUGUUAAUGUUGCAACAAGCUUCAACAAUUUUGCCUUAAUUUACCAAGACUUGGGGGACUUCCAGCAAGCCAAGGAGUAUCAGCAACGUGCUCUAGAGAUCCAACUGGACAAGCUCGGCUCAGAACAUGUUAAUGUUGCAACAAGCUUUAACAACUUUGCCUUAAUUUACCAACACUUAGGUGACUUCGAGCAAGCCAAGGAGUAUCAGCAACGUGCUCUAGAGAUCAAACUGGACAAGCUCGGCCCAGAACAUGUUAAUGUUGCAACAAGCUACAAAAACUUUGCCUUGAUUUACAAAGCCAUAGGUGAUUUCGAGCAAGCCAAGGAGUAUCAGCAACGUGCUCUAGAGAUCCAAUUGGACAAGCUCGGCCCAGAACAUGUUAAUGUUGCAACUAGCUUCAGCAACUUUGCCUUAAUUUACCAAGACCUCGGUGACUUCGAGCAAGCUAAGGAGUAUCAGCAACGUGCUCUAGAGAUCCAACUAGUGUCGCUCGGCCCACAACAUGUUAAUGUUGCAACAAGCUACAAAAACUUUGCUUCAAUUUACCAACACUUAGGUGACUUCGAGCAAGCCAAGGAGUAUCAGCAACGUGCUCUAGAGAUCCAACUGGACAAGCUCGGCCCAGAACAUGUUAAUGUUGCAACAAGCUACAAAAAUUUUGCUUUAAUUUACCAAGACUUGGGUGACUUCGAACAAGCCAAGGAGUAUCAGCAGCGUGCUCUAGAUAUCGAACUGGAAAAGUUCGGCUCAGAACAUGUUAAUGUUGCAACAAGCUACAAAAACUUUGCCUUGAUUUACAAAGCCUUAGGUGAUUUAGAGCAAGCCAAGGAGUAUCAGCAACGUGCUCUAGAGAUGGAACUGGACAAGCUCGGUCCAGAACAUGUUAAUGUUGCAACAAGCUACAAAAACUUUGCCUUAAUUUACAAAGCUUUAGGUGAUUUCGAGCAAGCCAAGGAGUAUCAGCAGCGUGCUCUAGAGAUCGAACUG